GUCAUAUGGUUAUAUUGACCCUAAUGGCUUUCCGUAGUCAGGAAGUCUAGCAAGAUAACGGCGCAAUACGCAGCCGUGAGCCCUCAGUAGAUGGGAUUGUCAGCACUUUAUGAUUAAUUUAUUUUCUGUUAGCACUUAAAGCAACGAAAAUGGCAGAAGAAUAUAUGCAGUCCAAGCUUAGGGAGUAUCUGAAAAAUAAGGACAUUAAGCUUUGGGAGUCUCCAUAUACAAGUAAAGACAAAGAAUCCGGAACUCGGGCAAUAAAGGAACUUGCUACUCAGUGUGCCUCCGCCUUGGGAUUCCCCGAGUCUGAGGUCGAAGCGACGCUAGAGUCCAUCAGAAGCCAGGCGGUGAAAAGGCUCAGUGGGAACAGCAUGUAUAAGGAGACCUGUGUCGCUACGCUGGAGCUCAUCCUGCCGAAGGCUCUGAAGAAGGAGCCUGGGAAAAGGACUUUUUUUGAAACGAAACUGGAUGUUACAGCCCAAGAGGUCAUGAAUAAGAUAUCUGAAAAGUAUGAAAUCAAGUACAUCACCUUGGUUUUUCGUGGAAACAUAUUGAAUCCAGAUAAGAACCUCAAUGAGCAAAACAUCAAGCACAACUCCAAGGUCAUGAUCCUACAGAAGAGUGAGCCGGAGAAGCAGCAAGAAGUGGUGCAAGAAGAACAGAAGGUCAGGUUUCAGGAUGAAAGCCUGAGGAGAACUAAGAAGGGCUUUGAGAUUCUGUCUGCGAGAGAUGGCAGCGAGGACCCAGAGACGACACCAUAUUUGGAGAUUGCAGACCAGAAAGGAAAUCCCCUGAAAAUUCCACCCAAUGAGAAGAAGGCUCUCAUCCUGGCCAUGGGCUUCCACGAGAAAGGCCGGGCAUUAUGCAAGAAGAAGGAACACCAGAUGGCGCUGUAUCAUUUACUGGAGGCAGACUGUAACUUUAAUAAGUGCCGCUCUGAGCUGUUGAACACUGUGGACAACUACGCCGUCCUCCAGCUGGACAUUGUGUGGUGCUACCGUAUGCUGGAGAUGCUCACCUGUCUGGACGAGGCAAAGAGGAGGCUGGAGAGGGCAGAGGAGUACUUCCUCAAAUGCUACGGGGAGCAGAAGGAGAGGCUCCUCCAGAUUAAGGGCAACACUGGGCGGGAGGAGGUUCUGUUCCUGAGGCUACACCUGCUGCAGUGCCUGAUGGCAUGGCUGAGCGGGAACGAGCGGCACGCCACAAAGCUACUGGUCAAGGUGGAGAAGCUGUACAAGGAGCUGCACAUGGACCCAAAUAAGAUUUCGAGGGUGACUGAGCUAGGCUUCACCACCCAGGAGGCUCGCCUGGGCCUGAGGGCCUGCAGUGGGGACGUCAAUGCAGCUGCCUCCUACCUCACCGAAAGGAAGGAGGAGAAGCAGAAGAUGGAGGCGGCAGAGAGGGAGAAGAGGAGGCGUCGCCUGGAGGCCAUCAACACCUUGCAGGAGUUGGGCUACUCCAGGAAGGAUGCGGCCAGAGCGCUCCAUAAAGCCGAGGGGAAUGUGGACAUGGCUUUUAAUAUCCUGGAGGAGGCCAAUAAUAAUGCUGGAGAAGAGGAUUCAGAGGCCAAGGUCCAGAAGUUGAUCUACCUGGGAUUCGAACGGAAACAGGUGGAGGACGCCCUCAGACAGGCGCAGGGUGACAUCCAGCGGGCCUCCGAGCUCCUGCUGGAGCCCCCUGGUCAGCUGUCCCCCUCCACGCCAUCCUCCCCCUCCGAGGAACCGAGCACCUCCUCUGAGUCGACUGGCCCCGGAAGCUCCGGGGAGGAACCGAUGGAUGUCGAUGUGGUCAACGAGGUCUUGGACGACAUCUCCAGCCACGAGGAAGAUUACUUGGAUGUCACACUCGAGGAAGAGUGCGAGUUGAUUAACCAGAUGAAGCAAAAUCUCAAGCCAUACCUCCAGCAGGACAGCAUGUCACCCAGCUAAGCAGCCUGUUUGUUUUUUUUGCACUCGGGUGUUCGGUUAGGUAUGAGGAUGUUGUACAGGUUUCUUUUUUAGCUUUCGUUAAUAACCUAUUGCAGGAUUCCCAGUUGAAUGCCAGCGUAUUCAGAUUUAUAUCUUUUUUUUUUUUUUUGCUAUAUUCACGAGGAAUUAAAAAAACUCAUAUUGUUCAAAUGACAAGAAAAAUUUAAGGUUGCAGUUUAUUUCCAGGGGGAUUCAUGGAAAAGUUGGUGCACUUUAGCCCAGAUUUUACAUGGUUUAGAUCUGAGGAUUUAGUUUUUACAGGCUGAAGAACUGGCAAAUAAAGAAGGAAAAAAUGUUGAUCUGUAUGUUUUCAUAGCAGUUUGUUUUUGGCUUCACCAUAAUGCCGUCACCAAGAAGCCAUGAUUUCAGUAUUUCUGUUCUUUCCCAAUCCUUUCAUUCAUUUAAACAUAUAUAUGACAUUUAUAGAAUUUAAUAUAUGGGCACAACUGGUGACUAUUUUGUUCUGCAUUUUUACAAAGGAAUAAUUUUGGUUAGUUUGCAAAAUUACUCUGUGACAUUGGAAAAGAUUGUGCUUCCCUCAGAUCUCAGAUGUUUGUAUAGAAUGAUAUUUUGGUUGAAAUGCAAUAAAUUUUCUGGGUUUUGUUUCAA